AUGUCAAGCUCCGACCCAAAACCCAAACCCAAACCCAAACCCGGUCCAUGGCCUCCAGCUCCAGAAUCCUCCGCAUUGCCACCGUCUACUUGGGCCAAACGAACCGGCUUCCGUCCCAAAUUCUCCGGCGAGACCACCGCCUCUCAUUCCGGCCUACUCUCAUCGCCUGCUUCCGCCAGAGCUACACAAACCCUGCCGGAUCUCGAAGCCGGCCAGCCUCGCCUCCGUCCUCCUCCUGUCUCCUCCGUAGCUGACGGCGAGUCUGAUAAAAAUAAGAAUGACAAGCCACCACAACCGCUACCACUACCUACUCCAGCUCCGGUUAAGAGACGGAGAGAUUCUGAUGGUGGAGGAGCAAACGGGUCAGGCGACCCGGUUAGGAGACAGAACCGUGUUGAAGAGACAGUGGAGGUUCUGCCACAGAGUAUGGCUGAUGAUGGUUUGGUGGCUAGGAAUCUCCAUAUGAAGUAUGGACUCAGAGAUACUCCUGGACUUGUUCCAAUUGGGUUCUAUGGUUUGCAGCAUUACCUCUCCAUGUUAGGUUCACUGAUUCUUGUUCCACUCGUUAUUGUUCCUGCAAUGGGAGGUUCCCACGAGGAUAUUGCAAAUGUUGUAUCCACUGUACUUUUUGUGUGUGGGAUCACUACGUUGUUGCAUACUUCAUUUGGGUCGAGGCUUCCUUUGAUUCAAGGCCCUUCUUUUGUUUUUCUCGCUCCGGCUCUGGCUAUCAUAAACUCUCCAGAGUUUCAAGGUUUGAAUGGAAAUAAUAACUUCAAGCAUAUUAUGAGAGAGCUGCAAGGUGCAAUCAUAAUUGGUUCAGCUUUUCAAGCAGUGCUUGGAUACAGUGGCCUAAUGUCCCUGAUUUUGCGGUUGAUCAAUCCAGUUGUUGUUGCUCCGACAAUAGCAGCAGUUGGACUUUCAUUUUACAGCUACGGUUUCCCGCUUGCUGGUAAAUGUCUUGAGAUUGGUGUAGUACAGAUACUACUUGUGAUCAUCUUUGCUCUUUAUCUCCGGAAAAUUUCAAUUUUAAGUCAUCGGAUUUUCCUUAUCUAUGCGGUUCCAUUGAGUCUUGCAAUCACUUGGGCUGCUGCAUUCCUUUUAACAGAAGCAGGAGCUUACACCUACAAAGGCUGUGACCCUAACGUACCCGUCUCAAACGUUGUAUCGAGUCACUGCAGACAAUACAUGACCAGGAUGAAGUACUGUCGUGUUGACACUUCUCAUGCCUUGAGAUCUGCACAUUGGUUUAGGUUUCCUUACCCCUUGCAAUGGGGUGUGCCGAUAUUCAGCUGGAAAAUGUCUCUUGUUAUGUGUGUGGUUUCUAUUAUUGCUUCAGUAGAUUCGGUUGGUUCGUACCAUGCAUCUUCUUUGUUAGUAGCAUCAAGUCCUCCUACGCAUGGUGUUGUGAGCCGGGCAAUAGGUCUUGAAGGGCUUACAAGUCUUUUAGCCGGUUUAUGGGGUACAGGUACUGGUUCAACCACGCUAACAGAAAACGUUCACACGAUCGCUGUGACCAAGAUGGGAAGCCGCAGAGUCGUUGAGCUAGGCGCAUGUGUUUUAGUUAUAUUCUCCCUUGUUGGUAAAGUUGGAGGGUUCCUAGCAUCAAUACCUCAAGUGAUGGUUGCUUCUCUUCUUUGCUUUAUGUGGGCAAUGUUUACGGCUUUAGGUCUUUCAAACUUGCGUUACAGUGAAGCUGGAAGCUCGAGGAACAUCAUAAUCGUGGGGUUAUCGCUGUUCUUCUCUCUAUCUAUCCCUGCUUACUUCCAGCAGUAUGGCAUUUCUCCAAACUCGAACCUCUCUGUUCCAAGCUAUUACCAACCUUACAUUGUUGCUUCUCAUGGACCAUUCAAAAGCCAAUAUAAAGAGGUGAACUAUGUGAUGAACACGCUGUUAUCGAUGAACAUGGUGGUUGCGUUCAUCAUGGCAGUGGUUUUGGACAAUACUGUACCUGGGAGUAAGCAAGAACGUGGAGUUUAUGUUUGGUCUGAUGGUGAGACUGUGACGAGAGAACCAGCACUUGCUAAAGACUAUGAGCUGCCGUUUAGGGUGGGAAGGUUUUUCAGAUGGGUCAAAUGGGUUGGCAUUUGA